GAAGAUGAGAGGGUGAUUGAUGGCAAUAAACAAACGAGGAGUAUUGACUACAAUGAGAAAGAGUCGCCAAGAGUUAGAAAACUUGUAAAAGAAAUGACUUGGUUGCGAGAAAGCAGGGAUAAACAACUUGAGGAAGCUAUUCUCUAUACCCAGCAAAUGGAAGCUGAACUAUGGCAAGAAAAGCUGAAAAACAAAGCUCCAGAAAAAUGUGACAAAGGAAUUGAUGCAACUAUCACUCCGCAUAUGGAUGCUUCUCUGAAUGACGUCAUGAAUGAUGAACGAAUGAAUGACGUCAUGAACGAUGAACAAAUGAAUGAAGUCGUGAAUGAUGAAGGUGGAAUGACUCCUUGUAGUGAAAGGCAAUCUAGCUUAAGUAGCGAAUCUUUAUCAGAAUCAGAUGAUGACAGCAUUAUAACAAGUAUACCAUCCGGUGAUUGGUGUUUUCCUCAAUCUUGUGAUGACUACUCACCGGUUACCCGGGUUAACAUUGCAAAUCUAGAGAUUGAAAUGGAAGAGCUCAAAGAAACAGUUCGACAGGUGGAAUUUGAAAGAGAUGCAGCGCUAGAUAAAUCCCAACAGAUUGCAAUUGAUCUUGACAUCGAACGUCGAUAUCGUAAGCUUGAUCAAGGUCGGUAUCUUGAUGAUAUAAACUCUUUGGAAACUGACAAGUCCCGCUUAUCGACUGUUGAAGAAGAAUUAAGAGAUGUCAUCGUUCUGAUAAUGCGUCUUCGAGAUAUGAAUCUUUCAAAGCGGUCACUCGGGAAAAUAAUCUUCGACAUAAGCGAGAACAGUCUACACUCGGAGAAGGAAGCAGGGCACAAUCUAGCUGGAAACUUCAUACACAUCCUUCGUAAGGAGCUUCUCCAAUGUGAUUCAAUGCUAACAAAUGGUAACCUGAACUCAACUCGGACCAAUGGAAUCAACCAGUCUACACAGAAUCACAGCAGCACUUCCAUAAAAAAAGAGUUUCACCAGUCCAAUGACGACAGAAAUAUACAGGAAGAUAGCAAUACCCCUAAGAGACCUAGUGGGUUCCCAGCUGACCUCAUUAAGAGUGGGUUUGAAAUGAAAUGUUAAACUUGUGCCAUUGUUCAAUCUUGUGAUUGUAAUAGUUUUACUGCAUUAUCAAUAUUAAACUAUAACGUUUUAUUUACCCAGGGUAGCCACUUCAGUUAGGAAACUGCUCUACCAGAGGGCCCUGCAUGACAUAAUAAUGUUAUUAUUAUACCCUUCUCCAAUCUUAAAUGCUGAGCGCUGAGCAGGAAGGCAGAAGGUCCCAUUUUUUAAAAGUCUUUAGUAUGACUCGUCCAAGGAUCGAACCCAUGACCUCCCAUUCAUGAUGCGGACAAUCUAAUGAUGAUAAUAAUAUGGACCAUUCAUAUAGUGCAGCUACUAUCCCCCCCCCCUCAAAAAAAUGAUCAGGGCUUUCGAGGCUUAUUCCAUGAUUUAGUUCAGUAGUUUAGGUUGCCAUUCAAGGAAAAAAUUGCAUAUAAGAAAACUUAUUUACAGGGCCACAUGACCUUAUUUCAGUUUCCCUAGUUUCAACUGAAAAUUGGUAUGCUUUACCCUUUCUUUUUUACUAUUAAAAAGCAUUGUUGUGACAUUUUCUUAGAUGUAUUUCAUUUGUAUCAAUAUAUGUAUGGAUGCAUGCAUUUUAUUUAAUUUGUAGUAACCUGCACUUUAUGUGAAUAUGAAAAUGAGUGAUUAUACAAAUUAAAUAUCAAUUCCAUUUGUUCAAUGGAAAUAAAUAAUUUUUUCAUAUAGAUAGAAGGGGUAUAAAAUGAUGUGUUUGAUGAUAUAUCCAUGGCACAGAUUGAUCCCUUUCAAACUAAAAAUGAGAAAAUUGCAUUUUAAGGAAUAUA